CGGGUUCAUUUUCAGCGUCCAAUUUGAUUAUGGGCGCGAGUUGCUCCUCUAUCGCAUUCACUCAGACCACCCUGACCAUAUCGAGCGUUUCUUCUUCCGCCACUUCUCUUCCCCACUAUAGCCACAACUGGAUAUCCAGUUUCAUCCCCACUUUUCCUAGAGAUCGCGCCGGAUUUUCUCGAACGUCUUUCCAUAUCUCCGGCUGUCCAAUGAUGAACCCUUCCUCGUCUUCUUCGCACAUUUCACUGGGAUUCAGUAAAUGCGGCGAAACCAAAGAAGCGCAGGAGAAGGUGGUUCCCAAACCAUUCCGGCCUCCUCUAAGUAUCUCGCAGGCGUUGCGGGAGAACUUGGUGUACGAUGCUUUGGUUUGGAGUUCGUUAAACGGGCUGGUUGUUGGGGAUAGAAGUGUAAAGAGGUCUGGAACCACCCCUGGUGUUGGUAUGGUUCAUGCUCCAUUUGCUUUAUUACCCCUGCCACUACAAGAAACUUAUUGGAAGCAAGCAUGUGAAUUACAACCAAUUUUCAAUGAGCUUGUAGAUCGUGUAAGCUUGGAUGGAAACUUCUUACAGGAUUCCUUGUCCAGAACGAAAAAGGUUGAUUCUUUUACUAGUAGGCUUUUAGAUAUUCAUUCAAAGAUGCUGGAGAUUAAUAAGAAAGAGGUUAUUCGUUUGGGCUUGCAUCGCUCAGACUAUAUGCUUGAUGCUGAAACUGACCUACUCCUCCAAAUAGAGCUCAACACCAUAUCAUCUUCAUUCUCAGGUCUUGGCUGUCUUGUCAGCGAUCUUCACAGAUACUUGCUUAAUCAGCAUGGUAAGGAGCUUGGAUUAAAUCCAGUAAAUAUUCCUGAAAAUACAGCAGUCAGAAAAUUUGCGGAAGCAAUUGCCAAAGCUUGGAAUGAAUACAGCAAUAAAAGAGCAGUUGUUAUGUUUGUUGUACAACCUGAAGAGCGCAAUAUGUAUGACCAGCAUUGGCUCUCAUUUUGGCUGAAGGAGAUACAUGGUGUAAAUACUAUACGCAAGACCUUGGCAGAAAUAGAUGUGGAAGGACAGCUACUGCCGGAUGGAUCACUAGCUAUAGGAGACCAAACUGUUGCAGUUGUGUAUUUCCGAGCUGGUUAUUCACCAAAUGAUUACCCCUCUGAAUCAGAAUGGAAUUCUAGACUUCUGAUGGAGCAGUCUACGGCUGUCAAAUGUCCAUCAAUAUCUUACCAUCUGGUAGGAACAAAAAAAAUUCAGCAAGAACUUGCAAAACCUUUGGUGCUUGAGAGGUUCCUUGAAGAGGAUGCUGCUGCAAAACUGCGAAAAUGUUUUGCAGGCUUAUGGAGUUUGGAUGACUCAGAAGUCGUGAAGCGUGCCAUCGAAAGACCUGAAUUAUUUGUGCUCAAGCCGCAAAGAGAAGGCGGAGGAAAUAAUAUCUAUGGUGAUGACGUGAAAGAAAUGCUAUUGAAGCUGCAACAGGAGAACAGUAAGGAACAAGCUGCUUACAUUUUGAUGCAGAGGAUAUUUCCUGCUGCUUCUGUUUCCUAUCUCAUCAGGGAAGGAAUUCCUCAACAAGGCCGCGCUAUUUCAGAACUCGGCAUAUAUGGAGCCUAUCUAAAGAAUAAUGACAAGGUGAUUAUGAAUGAAAAAUGUGGUUACCUGAUGCGAACAAAGGAUUCCUCAUCAAAUGAAGGUGGAGUGGCUACUGGGUUUGCAGUCUUGGAUAGUAUUUAUCUGACUUAAAAUUAUUACUCCAGGGUAACUUAAGCUUGUUGAAGUUUUACUUGAUAUCUUCCUCUUUCUAUUAGCAUUUUUCCAAUGUGCUUUUUGUGGGAUAUUUGUCUUACUAGAGACUAGAAAAGAGAGUGUCAUAGGCAUUUAAACUAAUAAUUUAUUUGGUUCUGAAUUCUGAUUGUAUUUUCUUCGUGUAGAACA